UUUGACUUCUCGUGACGUGUUGUUGUAAAACAACGUAAAGAAAAGAUAAAAAAAUGUAAUUGGAAAAACAGCCAACAAUUGACAUUCCAUAACGCACUUAAGCCAAAAAUAAAAUGAUUAAUAAUUCAGUAGAAUGUUCGUGAAAAAUUGCUAGUUAUAAUUGAAUUACAAAGGAAAAGGUCAGAAAUAACAUAUAGUUAAGUUUAAGGAUAAAACCAAAGUGAAUGAAAAUGAAAUUUAAAGAAAAUAUGGCCAGAAAUAAACAUUCAGUAUGGUGGUUGCUUAUACUAUUGAUGAUAACAACUUUAAGUAUUUUCACGGUUACCAUAAGGGCUGAAGAGGCCCAACCAGUACCUGCAGUAGCAGUAACAAACAAUGAGAAUACCUCCAAAGGAGCUGUGGAAUUUGUCAAGUCCGAACAGAACGCAGCAGAAAACAAAGAUUUAAGUGGCAAAUCUAGCAAUAUUGGGUCUGAAGUAACGGGAACGUUAAAUAUUACUAAUGCUAAUAUUAACAAUACUAAUGGCAACAAUGUAAAUAAUUCAAGUUUGACCUCGACGGGAAAUAUUACGGCGAGCUCUACCACAACUACCACGCAAGCAGCCCUCAUUAACGCUACUUCUACUACAGAAAAUGCUACCAAAGUUGCAACGGAACCACCUUUACCUGAUCAUCAUGCAGUGGAACAGGAACACAACUCCUCCUUAUCAUUGUUUUUUGUUAUUUGUGUUAUAAUGUUGGGCAUUUUGUUAAUACAUUCCAUGUUACAAACUGGUUUCCAAUAUUUACCCGAAAGUAUUGUGGUUGUAUUUUUGGGCGCCUUAAUUGGUCUCUUGUUGAAGGUGAUGUCGGGAGAGAAUGCCAGCUGGAAGAGAGAGGAAGUAUUUUCACCUACUGGUUUCUUUUUGGUUUUGCUACCACCCAUCAUCUUUGAAUCUGGUUAUAAUUUACAUAAGGGUAACUUUUUCCAAAAUAUUGGCUCCAUAUUGGUGUUUGCCAUUGUGGGCACUACGAUAUCGGCUUUGGUCAUUGGAGCGGGUAUAUAUUUGUUGGGUUUGGCAGAGGUUGCUUAUCGUCUCAACUUUUCCGAAUCGUUUGCCUUUGGCUCUCUAAUCUCUGCCGUCGAUCCAGUUGCCACAGUAGCCAUUUUUCAUGCUCUCGAUGUGGAUCCCAUACUUAACAUGUUGGUAUUUGGUGAGAGUAUAUUGAACGAUGCCAUAUCUAUUGUUUUAACAACCACCGUCACCCAAUCAGCAAAUAGUCCGGCCUAUGCCAAAAUGUCAACAGGUGAGGCUAUAUUCUCGGCAUUGAAAACAUUUUCCGAAAUGUUUUUCGCUUCGGCCGGUAUAGGUGUAGUAUUUGCAUUGAUCUCCGCGUUAUUAUUAAAACAUGUAGACUUAAGAAAACAUCCAUCAUUGGAAUUUGCCAUAAUGUUAAUGUUCACCUAUGGCCCUUAUGUAUUGGCUGAGGGCAUCCAUUUGAGUGGCAUAAUGGCCAUAUUGUUUUGCGGCAUUGUCAUGUCGCACUAUACACAUUUCAAUCUGUCCACCAUCACACAAAUAACCAUGCAACAAACAAUGCGUACUUUGGCUUUUAUAGCAGAAACUUGUGUCUUUGCCUAUCUGGGCUUGGCGAUAUUCUCUUUUAAACAUCAAGUGGAAUUAUCAUUUGUUAUAUGGUCCAUAGUUUUGUGUCUUAUUGGUAGAGCUUGUAAUAUCUUUCCUUUGGCUUAUUUGGUUAAUAAAUUUCGAGAGCAUAAAAUCACCAAUAAAAUGCAAUUUAUUAUGUGGUUUUCUGGUCUAAGAGGGGCCAUUUCAUAUGCUUUGUCUUUGCAUUUAGAUUUGUCUAGUGAUGAGACUAGACAUGUUAUUAUAACUACUACCUUGAUUAUUGUGUUAUUUACAACGCUAUUCUUUGGUGGUUCUACUAUGCCUUUGUUGAAAUACCUAAAACCAGGCAAAAAAUCGCGUAGAUCACGUAGUUCUCGCACUGGCUCGUCUUCAUCAACGGCCAGCCGCCAAAGAAGUAAUUCACGCAAACGUAAAUCAAUUUCUUUGUCGAAGACAAGAGAAUGGGGUCAAGCUAUAGAUUCAGAGCAUUUAUCCGAACUCACGGAAGAGGAAGAUGUUUCUUUUGCCCAGACCCGUAUUGCCGGUUUUGGCCGCUUAGAUCGUAAAUAUUUUAUACCCUUCUUUACGCGCCGUUUCAAUAGCCAAGAGCUGCAUGAGUGUAAAUCCCAAAUGGCUGACUUAACCAAUAAAUGGUAUCAGGCUAUACGUGUUAGUCCCUUGGAUUCGGAUGAAUCUGAUGAAGAAAUGGGUUUGUCGGCAAGUACCAGCCAAAGUACCUUAAAUGCGCGCACCUAAGUUAUUGCUAUUUUGAAUUAAUUUGUAAUAUAUGAGUAAAUUAAAAGAAUUUAUUAGUUGCUUUUGUAAAUGGAAGGAUCUAUAUUAUUGCCAAAGGUUUAGUGGAAGAGUUUUUUUUUCUUUUGAAGUCCAAGUGUAGUUAGCAAAUUGUUUUUAAAUAUGAAUAAUAUAAUUUUCCCAAGUAUUAAAUGUACUUUAGCGCUGUGAAAGUGUCAUCGAUAUCAUAAAAGUGGUAAUUUCAAUAUGUGUAUAUUUAAAUAAACUAUAAGCUUGUAGACUAUAUAAUUUGCUACAGUAUUAAUUAAGUUAUUUAGGGUGUGUGGGUUUUAGUAUUAUUUUAGGUUUUAUUACACGUAUAGUUUGUGUGUUAUAGCAAUCCUUGAAAAUAGCACGAUCAGAAUUUUUAAAUGUACGCUGUAAAGUUAUUGCAUUCUAAUGGUUACAAAUAAAAAUUUCAACUUUUUAGAAUUUUUGGGAGAAACUAAAAUCUGCUCAAUAAAAACUUGAUUAAGAGGAAACAUUUUUAUUUUAAAAACAAAACAUCAUCAUUUACAUAAUUUAUAAUAUUUUCAAAUACCUUUAGAUCAUUUAAAUAGUUUUCAAAUUUGUUUCACGAUCUCCCUAAAAGUUAAAUAUUGGCUUAAUAAACAUAAUUGCUAACAAUUUAUUCAAAUUAAUUAUGAACAAAUUAAUUGAUGGAUGUUUAAAAACCGAUCUUAGAAAUCACGACAUAGUAUACUUUAAUUACAUUAAAAUCAAUCAUAUUACCAAGUAAUAUAAACGAACAGGCAUUCGAGACUUUUAAGUUAACAGUAAAUAUAUUUAAAAAUUUGUAUUAGACACAAGUGAGUACUAAAAUUCUGUAAUCCUGCAUGUUUGAUAAUUUCAGAGUUGUAUUUUAAGCAAAAAAUUAUUAAAAUAAAAGUAAAAUAAAAUAACUAAACUAUGACCUAUUUAAUAAUAAAACGAAACAAAAUUAAAAUAAUUGAAACUCAUCUAAUAAUUAAUUUAAAAUCGAAGAGGUUAUUUAAAGUCAGAUUUGAAUUCACAUUUCGAUCAUUUUUGAAUAGAAUUAUGAAGUAAUACGAUGUGGUCUAUCUAAUACAAUGUUUAGAUGAUAAAGUUUGUAUGGUUAAACGUUUAGUAUAGGUCAGAAAAGAAUCAUAUAGUAUACCUCAGAUUUGAAUAUUUACCCCAAUUUUCAAUAUAUCUAGUUAUGUUUGUACCCUUCAGCAAGAGUUGCAAGGGUGUAUAUAGGUUUGCAAUUUCCACACUUAUCAUUUGCGACACCAUAAAGUAUAUAUAUUCUGAAUCGUUAUAGAUAGCGGAGCCGAUUACCAUGUCCGUCUGUAUGUUGAAAUCAACUUUCCUGAGCCACAAAUAAUUUACAUACUAUAUGAUUGAUACAGCAAUAUAUUCGCUAUAGUCCAAGAUUAGGUUCCUAUUUAAAAUGGAAAACAUCGGCCCAAAAAUGGCUGACAUAUAAACAAAAAACCGCGAUAUUUUCACCAACAUUUUUUUGUUCCACUAAAUUUUUUUCAUAACAUUUUUUUACAACAAAUUGAAUAUUACUUAUUUGUAAUUACAUAAAUUCCAUAAAUGAAAUAGAAAUCUGCAAUUCAUAUUGAAAAUCAACUUUUGCCACCGGUAUUUGAAAUAAUAUCGGUAAUGGAAUGCCGUUGCCGCAAUUCUGGUAAUAAAACAAUAAAAUUUUCAAAAUUUCGAAAAUAAUAUAAGGUUUGUUAAAUUUAUAUUAUUUGUUAAAACCAAAACGGCUGUAAUAACCACCAUAUAUUGAGGAAAAAGAUUUUUAUACCCGUAUUUUAAUAAGCCUAGAGUUUUGGCUAACGGUUGCCAUUUUGAAAUCGUAUUUAAUACUUUCGACAAAAAAAGUUUUGGAAACAUUUUUGAAUGAUUUAAAUGAUAAAAAUUUUCAAAACAACAUUGUCCAGCUGUAAAAUCUCUAUAAUCACAAACUCGCUUCAUAUAUAUUUUUAAAUUUUUUUAUAUAUUGUAAAAUAACUGAGUACCUUGCCCAGCUCGGCAAAACACUUCAUUCAUAAACUCGCAUUAUUUGUUUUUUUUUUUACAAAUAUUUAUCAGUAUUUAAGUUAAUAACAAUUUUCAUUCUAUAGCUUAAGUUUUUAAAACAGCCAUUUAAAAAUUUAAGGCUAUAUUUAUGAAAACAUUUACAAUUUAUUAGAAAAAUAAACAUAUUAUUAAUAACAUUAAUUUUAGUCUUAUUCAUUUGCAUAAUUUAUUAAAUAAAAUAUAUUUUUGUGUAACUAUUUUUAAUUAAAAAUUGGAAAAGUUAUAUGUAUGUAAUUGUAAACCAAAAAUUGAAUAUAAUUUGAUAAAUAUAAUAUUAAUAAUUAUUUACAUUAAAAUUAAUGCCACAAUUGAAGGGUAUACAUUAAAAAUUAUACACAACAUAUUGUAAUAUAUUAAAAAAAAAAACUUUUAAAUAAUAAAAUAAAUUUAAUUAUUAAUGUGAUAAUACAUAAAAAAUCAAAAUAUAA